GUCGCAGGGUUUAUUCCUCUCCUCCUCCUCCUCCUCCUCCUCCUCUUCUUCUUCUUCUUCUGCUUCUUCUUCUGCUUCUGCUUCUGCUUCUGUUAUGACCCAUUUCAGGAGCGACUGCCACAGAGACAGACACACCGGGAUGAACGGCGAGCUGAGAACCGGUCGCACCACCACAGCCAAGAGAGGAAGCAGCGCCCCCGACAGAUCUGACUAUGAGAUGGAGUAUGACAGAUACCCUGAUGACCACUGUAACAGGGUGGUUGACUACCAGCGCGUCCCCUCCUCGGUCCCGGUGGAUCCCAGUCCUAUUAAACGGCCCCGUCAGUCAUCAUCCUCCUCCUCUUCCUCCUCCACAGCAGCUCUGAGGAUGAAGAGCAGCCGAGCGACCGGCAGGAACAACAACACACUCGCCUCCUCGUCUGACAGCAAAUUGAAGAUGGCGGAGCUACUUGCCAUAAAGAGGGAGCUGACGGUGAUCAAGGUUCAGAUCGACGGUCUGUUGGACUGUGUAGACAAGAUGGACAGACAGAGGAAGGACUGCUCAGAGUGUCCUCAGAGCAGAGAGCCCAGUGUGUCUCCUCACCGAGGUUCAGUCAGCAGUCUGGAGAGAGAAAGUCCUGAACCAGGAGAGGCCAGCGAGGACGAGCCGCUGCACUACCAGAGCUACUACCCCCACAGCUACACCCACAGGAUAAAGCAGCACCCGUCUGACCUGGAGGACGACCUGUGAUGCUGCAGCUCAGAUUCUCCCAGAAAACAAAAGGUCGGAUCAGUAAAAGCUCAGAUGGAAGAGAAGCUUCAAGGAGACGUUGACAACAUGAACAUCCAUCGGACUGACGCUCCUCAACCUGUCUCUUGUCUUUACAUCAGUCAGAUUUUUAUCUCCAGUCCUGGUUCCAGACCACAAAACCCCCAAGUAAACUGGUCAUUUGGUGAAUUCCCAGUCGUGUGCGUUCAUGUCAGGCAGCCACUGAUUCCACAUACAGUAACUUCAGAACUCAAUAUAAAUGAACUGGCAGGUACUUGAGACUUUCUACAGACAACUAAUCAAUCACAGUGAGCUUCACUUUAGUUUGGUCUCACUUUAGCAUCAAAAGUAUUUAAACCUCAUGAGCUGUUGGGCAGAUUUUUAGUUCUUAUUAUAUACAAUUAUAUUACAUAGAUUAAAAAACAUUCUCUCCAGUUAAAGACCUUGGCCUCGUCUCUGAAUAAUGUUAAUAAAGUCAGUGUGGCAGCAGCUGGUGGCGCCUUAUCACACAAUAUGUUUUCAUCAGGUGUUGUUGAUUAUGUGUAACCAGCUGUUUGUUGGACCAUAUUAUGUUUCUGCCUUACAACUUCAGUUUUAUGACUGUCUGGGUGAGUUUCAGUUGAAUGCACUCAGCCAUAAAGUCAUAAAUUUGCCCAAAGUGAAUAUUAACGCUGAAUAAAAACAACAUGUAGGAGAUAUUAAUGGAGAAGAGGACGUUUGUAUUAAUUGAUCUGUGUAGCAGCUACAAAAGGUUAGCUUAUGUUAGCUUCGGUUGGUCAAUCAGUUUGCUAUAUGUGAGCUAACAGUUUAGCAGCAGACUGACUGGACAGUUUGCUCUGUAAAAGAGACGAGUUCAUGUUCGCUCACAGUUCAGUUGUUAAACAUUUUGUUUACCGGCAUUAACAGUUGGUUAAGAUCAGCCAACGGAUCAGUCGAGCAGAUACAAAGUUUAGUUCAGGUUUACCAACAGUUCAGUAGUUAAAACAGUUCGCUAAGCUAACAGAACAGAUUACCAGCAGUAAACUGUUAAUUAAGGCUAGCUAACAGAAACAAACAUUUAGCUAACAGAUCAGUAGCUAAAACAGUUUGCUUCAGGAUGGCUAAUGGAAAGUUAAGGGGAUAAAAAUGUUGUUUAUGUUUGCUAAAUGUUCAGUAGCUUUGACAGCUUGCCACAUGUAAGCUAACGGAAAGGUUCACCUGCAUAAACAGUUGGUUGAUGUUAGGUAACAGUUUGGCAGAUAACAAAGUUUAGUUUAUGUUAUCAGUUAAGUAGCUUAAACAGUUUGCUAAACUAACAGAACAGUUUACCAGCAUGAACAGAUUAAAUUGUUUGGUUUAGUUACAAAUGAGUUUGGCACACGGUGGCCAUUUUCCUCAGCUGAGAUCAUUUUAUGAUUCCAGGUUGCAAGUCUGACAAACAUUGUUGUCAUUUCACCUCCUCCUCACUGAUCAGCAUCUGAAAAGAUGAUGGAUAUUUAAAUUUGAUGGAAAACCAGGUCAUAUUUCAAGGUAAAGAAACAUACCUUCACAUUAGCAUUUAGCGAAGUGGCUGAAUGCUAACAUUAGCUGUUGCUCUCUGCUGCUAACAGAUCAUCAAAUGUGUUGAUACAUGUAAAGUAGCAAAUGGACCAUUUACCAGUUGACCUUUGAUUCCUGUAUGUAAUGAAACAUAAUGUUUUCUCCGUAUCAUUCACAUGGAGGUCCACUCAGGACAAAGUGUUUGCAUAACAAAAGUGUUUUAACAAAAAUGUUGGAUACACUUUCUGCACGUCAGCCUCACUGGAUUCUGUCGGUCCGUCCAUUAAUACUUGGAUGUUGCGUGUUAUCUUAACGUCCACUGGCCAGAACUGCCAUGAAAUCUGGUUUCAAUGUUCGCGCCCCUUAUGAAUGUUUAACAGCACCAAGGUUCUUCCACGGUGUUGCCGACUUUUUUCCAAUGACAGCAGCUAGCAGCUCCAAACGUUGCUGAAUCUAACGAGAACACUGCAACCACAGCAGUCCAACGUCAUACGACUUCCUGUUUUGAGAUUUUGAGUUGUGCCGUCUCCGUCAUAUUUUCUUGAACUUCACAAAAUCAUGUUUGUUUCAGCCCGUUUUGGGUGACUGUUUUUUACUGAGGGUGAAACCGCCGACCCAUAAAAACGUUUCCUCCGCUACGUUGAAUCAGCCGGAUGAAGAAAACGACUGUGACCGACUGUAAAUACUUUGUGUUUCAGGCUCUCGUGUAAAAUACUUGGUUGGUUUAAAACAAAAAAAAAUGACACUUCACUACAACCAGUAGUAACUCUUUCUAUUUAAACAUUAUUUCAAACUUUAAAAAAAAAACAACAUACUAGUAUGUUUUACUAAGAAAUCCUGUGAGUUUUAGAGAUAUGAUGACUCACUGUAGUUUCUGCUGUUGGUGCGUUUGUGUUUGUCCUCAGUGCUGAAUGUAAUUAUUUCAUUGUGAGUGUA